UGUCCAUCGACGCACUUGUUUCGCCGCUGGGGGUGCGUCAGAUUAAAGAAGUGAGUGAAAUGAACACUUAUUGAUAUGAGGAGACAUAUUUAAUCUAGGAAAGGACAGAGGAAGUGUCUCACACUGAAAUAAGGACUCACUGAAGACACGUUUUUUUUUUUUUUUUAAGUCAAGAACAGGUGUAGCUCUUGAACAGGCCCUGUAUCCUGUCUGCUUCUCAGUAUGACUGAGCCUGCUGAGCUUCUGCUCAUCAAGGACCAGUAUGAGUUGGCGUUUCAUUCUCUGAGCCGUGGUCUGGCUGCCGAAGAGGCCGGGAAAAGAGAGGAGGCCCUGCAGUAUUACAGGAAAGGUCAACAGCACCUAACCCACGGAACGGAAGUCCCCACUGGGGGGGAGAGACAGCAGGGAGCCAUCUGGGACACGGCCAGGCAGAUUCAGCAGAGGAUGAGGGACACUCUGAAGACUGUCAGCACCCACCUCUCUGACCUGGAGACCUCUUUGCUGACAACAGAAUGCCAGAGAAGCCGCCUAUUGAAGGAUCUUCCUCCCAGUUUUUAUCCAGACCUGGCACUAAACAGUCAGCCUCCCCAAAGCUCCCUCCAUCAUCUGUACCCAACCAUACCUGCGUCCACCCAGAACAAAACCCCAUCCCCCAAAACACCCCCUGCCAGGCCUCCCUCCCCUGCUGCUCUGCACACACACAAGCUCCCUACAACAGGAACUAUAGCCAUGGCUAACCCAGGGGAUCAGCCUCCAGCAUACACACCACAGCCAACAGUUGGCCACCGCAGCCUGGCUCAUGGCCCUGCCGGAGCCAGCCUCUGGUCAGGGGAUCAGACUGGAGCAGCAGCAGCAGGUGGAGAUGGAAAUGAACUGCUUUUCAUCCCCUCUGGGGUACAGAUGUUUUUUGUGGCACCAAAUGGACAGGUGAGCUCCCUGUCUUCUCCGGGAUACCUUCGCAUCAUGACAUUUGGCAGUCAGACCAAGGACCCCACUGCUGGAAGACCCUCUGCAUUCCUACAUGUAUGCGACUGGCUGUACCCGCUGACAGCAGAAACUCCAGUACUACUGGCUAACUCCGGGAUCUACAUGUUCCCAAACUCCCUGGCAGAGACACCAGGGUCCUUCGUGGGUAUAGUGUUGUCCUCUGCACUGCCUGCUUCUGACAGAGAGAUCUUUAAGGACCUCCUAGCACAGCUUUCUGAUCUGAGGAUCCAGGCUCCAGAGGUGGCGGGGUCAGAGGUCAUCAACCUGAGUGAGAAAAUCCCCCUCAGUCCGACGACAGAGCAAACAGGACUGACAGUGCUGACAGGGGAGAAGGAAACGCCUCCUCUUCCUAAGUGGAGUGAGAAGAUGGCGCAUGGAAUCCUGUCAGGAGCCACAAAGUUGAGUGUAGAGUUUGUAAAAGGAGCAGAGGCCACUGGUAGGGCCAUUCAUAAAGGAGCGGCCAAGAUCCGGGACCACAUAACGCCGGAGGAGACUCCUUCAGAGGUCAGCCCUCGUGUCACUAAAGGUCUGCAGGCGACUAAACAGGCCACUGGGGGUGCUGUGCGAGUCAGCCAAUUCUUGGUUAAUGGAGUGAGUACAGUGGCAGGACACGUGGCAGAGAAGAUGGCACCCCAUGUGAAGAAACAUGGUGCUAAGCUGAUCCCAGAAUCUCUGAAGAAGACCAAAGAUGGCCAGGCUUCCAACUUAGAUGGAGCCAAAUUUGUGGCAGCCAGCAGUGUGCAAGGUUUCUCUACGGUUUGGACUAGUCUGGAGACCGGAGCAAAACUUGUUGGCAAAAGUGUUGCAGCAGAAACUGUCAAUACUGUGACGUACAAAUUUAAGGGCUUAGAGAAGCUGUUAAACUUGUCCAGCAAGAAAUGACUGCAUGGGGGAGUAAAGGCAAAGACUUGCGAACUAACAACUGACCCUGCUCAAUCCUUUCGUGUAUGCUCUUUCAUUCACCCAAAGCAAGUCAGAAAAUAACCCUCAAUAAAACAGAUCACAGGCCUAACACAAUAGCUAACACAUGAUUGAUUUAUUUUUAUCUGGACAUAUACAGUAUGUGUUUGGGGUUCUUUUUUGACUUGGUGUGUUGAAGCUUCUGCUGUGUGUCUUUCGGGGUUUGUCUACAGGUUUGUUAAAUGUCUGCUUGUGUUGGGUGCUGCUGCUCUUGCUGUUCAUACUAUCUGUAGUCUUUUUCUGGUUUAUUACUAAUAAAACUGCUACAAAGUGAAAUAUGACAUGAGAUAUGUUUUUCUUGACCUUCUGUGAAUGACAGCACUACCAAUAUCACACAUCACAUUGCUCUGGCAUUUCAAUUCUGUCCACAAAUGAGAGUAUUUAUGUUCUUUCAUCAAAUCACUCUUCCCUAACUCCACCAUGUUAUUCAUG